AAAAAAAAAAAAACUUUUGUAAUAUAAUCUACCAUUUUCAUCACAGAUUCACAGUUGCCAACAUCUUUAUUCUCUUUCACAACUAUCCAAUUCACAAUCUUCGAUCCAUAAUGCAACGAGCAACCCGAAUCCGACGAUCCAUUUCCACAAUCCUCCAUAACCAUCCAAACCUUCACAAUCACCAUUUUCACCAUAAGGCAACCUCCAUCAAAUCCCUCAUUUCUUCAUCCCAAAACCCUUUCUUAAACCCUCGUCAAUUCUCUUCUCUCUCUUCUGAACCAUCAUCUUCUUCCUCAUCCGAAACCCGUAAAUACAUUGGAUACUUCUUCCUUCUCUUAGGUUGUGGUGCUGCAACUUACUAUUCCUUCCCUUUCCCUGAAGAUGCCAAGCAUAAAAAAGCUCAAAUAUUCAGGUACGCCCCACUUCCCGAAGAUCUUCAUACCGUUUCUAAUUGGAGUGGUACCCAUGAAGUCCAUACCCGGAAUUUCCUUCAACCAGAAUCAGUUUCCGAACUUGAAAAACUUGUUAAAGAUGCCCACUUAAAGGGCAUUAAGAUUAGGCCUCUGGGUUCUGGGCUUUCUCCUAAUGGAAUGGGGCUUUCUCGGGCUGGGAUGGUUAAUUUGGGUUUGUUGGAUAAAGUUUUGGAAGUUGAUAAAGAGAAGAAGAUCGUUAGAGUUGAAGCUGGAAUUAGGGUUCAGCAACUUGUUGAUCAUAUUAAGGACUUUGGGCUUACUUUGCAGAAUUUUGCUUCUAUUAGAGAACAGCAAAUUGGUGGCAUUCUCCAGGUUGGUGCACAUGGCACUGGUGCAAAGUUGCCUCCCAUUGACGAGCAAGUAAUUGCCAUGAAAUUAGUCACUCCUGCCAAGGGAACUAUAGAGCUCUCCAAAGAGAAAGAUCCCGAGCUAUUUUAUCUUACUCGUGUUGGUCUUGGAGGACUCGGAGUAGUAGCCGAAGUCACCCUCCAAUGCGUUGAGAGGCAGGAGCUUGUGGAGCACACUUAUGUCUCUAAUAUGGAUGAGAUAAAGAAAAACCACAAGAAACUACUCUCCGAUAAUAAACAUGUAAAGUACUUGUAUAUUCCAUACACGGAUUCUGUUGUGGUCGUAACAUGCAAUCCUGUAUCAAAGUGGAAGCGUCCUAAGAGUUUCAAACCGAAAUAUUCUAAUGAUGAAGCGCUUCAGCAUGUACGAGAUCUGUACAAGGAUUCAUUGGAGAAAUACAGAGUAUCUCCUGCAGAGAAUGAACCAGCCAUAACCGAGCUUUCAUUUACAGAACUGAGAGACAAACUCCUUGCUUUAGCUCCUCUUGACCAAGAGCAUAUCAUCAAAGUGAAUCAAGCCGAGGCUGAAUUCUGGAGGAAAUCAGAGGGGUAUAGAGUGGGAUGGAGUGAUGAAAUCCUAGGCUUUGAUUGUGGAGGUCAGCAGUGGGUCUCGGAGACGUGUUUCCCAGCUGGAACCUUAGCAAAGCCUAACAUGAAGGACCUCGAGUACAUAGAGAAACUGAAACAGUUGAUAGAGAAGGAAAGAAUUCCCGCACCUGCUCCCAUUGAACAAAGAUGGACUGCUCGGAGUAAAAGUCCUAUGAGUCCAGCGUCUAGCUCGUCAAAUGAUGAUAUAUUUUCUUGGGUUGGCAUUAUUAUGUACCUUCCAACGAUGGAACCUCGUCAGAGGAAGCUGAUUACGGAUGAAUUCUUUCACUAUAGAUUUUUGACCCAAACUCAGUUGUGGGAUCUUUACUCUGCUUAUGAACAUUGGGCAAAGAUUGAGAUUCCCAAGGACAAGGAAGAGCUUGCAGAUUUGCAAGCACGAUUGAGAAAGCGUUUUCCGGUGGAUGCAUACAAUAAUGCACGAAAGGAGUUGGACCCUAACAAAAUCUUGUCCAAUAACAUGAUCGAGAAGCUGUUUUCAUCUUCAGAAACCGUAUGAAAAGCAUUAAGCUUAAAGCGGAGUUGUAAGUCUAGCAAAUAUGUUGAGAGGUCUCAGGUUACUCAUCAAUAUUGGCGUAUACAAAGGAAAGCUGGGGGAAAUCUUUGCUCAACUUAAGUACUGACAAUGUCAACUUGUCAAGAUGUGUUUGGUAAAGAUUUUUUAAGUCAAAUUAAAAUGUUGCUGUGAGUAUUUUUUUUUUUUGUUUGAAUUGACAUUUUGACUGAAUUUUCAUCUAAUUAAUAGCCAACAAUUAUUUUUCCACCAAAUAUCUGUGAUAGCUAGUUGUUUAGUUAAGUUAACAAUUAAUAAAAAAGUCAAUGAUAUCAGUCGCUAAAACAAGUUAAUUGAAUCAGCCAAAAAUCAAUUGCUAAACACCUUUUAAAUCUUGCCUCUUGAAUCUAAAGUUGACUUGGUGAUUGCUGAUUUUCUUUUUCGUGUUAGAGGUUGGAUCCUCAUUAGUCAUUAUCUACAGAAAAUAUUGAUUUUAUUACCUCAUCUUGCCGUAGAAGAUUCUUAUUUUGAAAUGAAUAAAAAAAUCCUAAAUCAUAGGAUGAUAUGAGGUGCUAAUAGGUGCCACUAAGACUCCAACACCUCAACCUAAUCUCUAAAAAAUACAUGCCUAUUCCUUUGUUAUUAGUUUUUUUUAGUUUAAUCUACUUAUUUUUAUUUAUAGGCUCU